AUGACACAAGGAACUAUAUAUAUUAUUAGUGAAUACACAUUUGAAAAUUCUUCUGUAAAUAAUUAUUUACAAAUGGUUGUGAAUGAUGAUGAUACAUGUUCAGAAGCUCUUUCAGGCAAUCAAUCAAAUGAAUCUCUGGUAACAGAAUACGCCUCUGCAUUUAAAGAGGAUGAUGAUGAAACAGAUCUUACAUAA